AUGGCAUCUCAACAGGCUCGGGAGUGGAUGGGUAUUCAGCAGUUUCCAAUUGCUACCCAGAAUGCACUAUACGGGUUGCUAAGUAAAUUGAAGCAAGAGGAUGUGAACUCUCUUACUAUUCUUGUUAUUGGAAAAGACGGUGUGGGAAAGUCUUCAACAGUUAACUCUCUUGUUGGGGAAAGAGUAGUUGCUGAGGCAAUGCGACCUGUAUUAUGUUCAAGGUCAAGAGCAGGUUUUACAUUAAAUAUAACUGACACACCAAGGUUAAUAGAAGGUGGUUUUGUAAACGAUCAUGCUCUCGACCUUAUAAAAAGGUUUCUGACAAACAAGAUUAUUGAUGUCCUUCUUUAUGUGGAUCGGUUGGAUAGUUAUCGAGUUGAUAACUUGGAUAAACAAAUUAUCAAGGUCAUUUCUGAUACUUUUGGAAAACAAAUAUGGCAGAGAAGCCUGGUGGUCUUUACACAUUCUCAGCUCUCUCCUCCAAAUGGCUUAAGUUAUGCUGACUUUGUUAAAAGGAGAUCAACUGCAUUGCAUAAUGCAAUUCUUGAAGCAGCUGGGUUCAAGAAUUCUGAUAUCCAAGUGACUUACAAUCAUAUUAUGGAUGCAAAUAUAUUUUUUGAUUCCCAUGGUUGA